AUGUCACUGAUCAGCAUCGCGCCCUUGCUCGUGGCAAGUGAUGCAAUUGCAAUCAUGCUUGCAACUAGCUUGGCUUCAUAUCUGUGUUUCAAACGCUACGAGCCACAACACCCCCUCCCCUUGUUCAUUCUCCUAUGCAUCAUCCCAAGUGCUUUGAGCUUGCUCCUCGUGCCAUUUUUCUCCACAAAAUCCAAGGCUUCGAUUUGGGCAUUUACAUCUUACUAUUUUCUCAUCCUCUUCUAUACCACCACCUACCGGCUAUCUCCGCUUCACCCGCUCGCAAAAUUUAAGGGCCCAACGCUUGCUAAAGUGUCGAAGUGGUGGGCUUCGUACGUUUGUGCGACCGGAAAGCAGCACCUCUAUUACAAGGCGCUGCACGACCGCUACGGAGAUAUCAUCCGCGUCGGACCUAACGAACUGUCUAUUCGCAACGCUGCGGCGAUUCAACCGGUCCUAGGCACCACUGGUCUUCCGAAGGGACCAUGGUGGGACAAUCGCUCGCAGCCACCUUCUUUAGUAGGCCAGCGUGACCCCUCAGUACACGCGCACCGCAGAAAGCCAUGGAAUCGUGGGUUUACAAGUGCUGCCCUCAAAGAAUACGAAGUCAUCAUCGCUAAGAGAUGUCGCCAACUUCAAGAGUGCUUUGAACAGAAAGUUGAAGAUGUCAAUGGAGGUGUGGCUACUGUCGACAUAAGUGCAUGGUUGAGCUAUUUCACAACCGAUUUCAUGGGUGACAUGGCUUUUGGUGGCGGAUUCGAGCUGAUGGCAGAUGGAGGGGAUGUGAAAGGGGUCUGGCAUAUUUUUGAAGCCGGCCUGGAACUUGCCGCCAUUCUCGGGCAUACUUCGUGGAUCCUCAGUCUCCUCAAUCGAUUGCCUGGGUGGCAGGAUCAAAUCAUUGAACGCAUGCGUAAUUUUGCCCGUGUCAAUGUUGCAAGACGACUGAAGCUCGGAGCUACCCGCAAGGAUUUGUUCUACCACUUGAGUGACGAAGCAGGCGUCGAGCCUGCGCGUCCUCCGCCUUCUGUUCUCGCUGCGGACGGCUCCCUCGCCAUUAUCGCUGGCUCUGACACGACUGCGACCGUGCUCACAGCACUUUUGUACUAUCUCUUAUCGGACAAAACCGCCUAUGCCCGUCUACAGGCUGAAGUUGACUCCGCAUUUCCUCAAGGGGAGGAACCUCUUGACGCUGUCAAGAUGGCCGGCAUGGAAUACCUGAAUGCGUGCAUUAAUGAGGCUAUGCGUUUGCAGCCUCCUGUUCCCAGCGGUUCCCAGCGGUCCGUUCUACGCGGUGCAGGAGCCAAAGUGAUCGGUCAAUAUAUCAUCCCUGAGGAGACGCAGCUAUUCAUUCACACGUAUAGCGUUCAUCGAGACCCACGAAAUUUCUCGCCGGCCCCUGAUUCCUUUCUUCCUACACGUUGGUUGACCGAAAGCACUGAGCAAGCACACACGGGUUCCGCCGCGAGCCAUCGCACCGGUCGGGCAUACGUUCACAACACCGCCGCUUUCUUCCCAUUCUCAUUCGGUCCCACUAUCUGUGCGGGUAAGAACCUUGCACUGCUCGAGAUGCGUAUGGUUGUCUGCUGGUUGCUGCAGAACUUCUCUUUCGCACCCAACGAGCCCAAGAUGGAGAGAUGGGAGGAUGGUGUACAGGACUUUUAUGUCGUGAAAAAGCCUGCUCUACGGGUUUCCCUGUCUCACAGACAACGUUAAAGGGUGCGGACCGUUUCCCCAUCAAUCUGUUUCAUUACUGUGUAAUUUAGGGUGUGUAGCCAUUCAAGUUGAAAUCCAUCUUGGCCCAUGUAGCUUCGG